GUCACGAGGGUUUUCGAACGGGAUAUCACAGUGCUUCACGGAGGCUUUCACGCAUGACACAUUGCUGCUUCCAUGCAAUACCUUACUCGACUGUGUCGGUGACAGGUCUAUAUCGUGUAGUGUCACCCUAGCUCGACAUUUAUUCCUGUCGAGGCUACAUAAUUUGUGGUGGUUUCCACGGUGGAAGAAUGACUAACCCAGAUUCAAUACUAUCGUCGUCCAGCCAUGACCCCAACAGGGACGGCACCACAGUCAGGGAAGGGUUCAAGAAGUCGGACCAAGUCUAUUUUGAAGAAAAAAUAGCAGUGCCUGAUACCGGCAAUGCAGUCUUCAGCUUCCGCAAGCUAUGGGCCUUCUCUGGUCCCGGCUUCCUGAUGAGUAUAGCGUUUAUAGAUCCUGGAAACAUAGAAUCCGACCUUCAGGCUGGCUCUGUUGCUGAUUACAAGCUCUUAUGGGUUCUGCUGUGGUCGACCGUCCUAGGUCUUCUCAUACAACGAUUGAGUGCUCGCUUAGGCGUCGUGACCGGGCUCCACCUGGGAGAGAUGUGCCGCAUGGCUUAUCCCCGCGUCCCCAGGAUUAUCCUCUGGAUUCUGAUUGAGAUUGCUGUCAUCGGAUCCGAUGUGCAAGAAGUCAUCGGAACAUCCAUCGCUAUUUUCUUGCUUUCCAGCGGAAAAGUUCCUAUUUACGCUGGCGUAAUCAUUACAAUAGCGGACACCUUCACCUUCCUUUUCUUGGACAAGUAUGGUUUGCGAAAGCUUGAAGCCUUCUUUGGCUUUCUCAUAACAGUCAUGGCUCUCACCUUUGGCUAUGAGUAUGUUAAGGUACAGCCUGACCAACUGCAAGUCCUACAAGGACUCUUCUAUCCAUACUGCUCUGGAUGUGAUCAGAGGUCUUUGCUACAGGCAGUAUCAAUCUUUGGUGCAUCCAUCAUGCCCCAUAACCUCUUCUUGCAUUCUGCUCUUGUCAAGUCACGUGACGUCGAUCGUAGCAAGAAGGAGGAUGUCAAGGAGGCCAACAAAUAUUUCUUCAUCGAAGCCGCCAUCGCUAUCUUUAUCUCUGUAUUUAUCAACGUAUUCGUUAUCGGAGUCUUUGCACAAGGCCUGUAUGACAAAACCAACGAAGAUGCGAGGGCAAUGUGCAGCGGGACCAAGUACUAUGAUGUUUUCGCAAACAAUACCGACCCCGUUGACGUUGACAUCUACAAAGGCGGCGUGUUCCUGGGUUGUGCUUUCGGCAUGAUUCCCCUGUAUAUAUGGGCCAUCGGAAUCUUGGCAGCUGGACAGAGCUCAACAAUGACGGGAACGUACGCGGGACAGUUCAUCAUGGAGGGCUUCCUGAACCUCCAGAUCAGUCGCUGGUUGCGGGUGUUGAUCACUCGGUCGUUAGCGAUCAUGCCAACAGUCAUGUUGGCGGCCUUUGGUAACAUCAGUGAGCUAUCCACAAUGAACGACUUGAUGAAUGUGCUCAUGAGUCUGCAGCUGCCUUUUGCACUGAUUCCUAUGUUGACGUUCACAGCUUCUAAGAGAGUCAUGGGGGAUUUCAAGAAUGGCAUGUUUAACAAGAUAUUCAUGGGUCUGGUGUCCCUGAGCGUCGUCAUCAUUAACCUGUACUUCGUGACUGACUACUUGGAAACGAACUUGUCAAGCCAUUGGGCCGUUGCGCUUGGCAUUACAAUCUUCGCUCUCCUCUACUUGGCUUUCAAUUGUUACUUGGUGGGGAUUCUGCUCGUUGCGUAUGGGUGCGAGUUCCUCACCAGGAUCCCGGUUGUCGGAAAAUAUUUCGAAGAAAAGGAUUACAACCUCCUGCUGGCAGCAGUCUCAGAUGACAGCCUACCCAAUGAAACGCCCACAUUUUGAGACCCCGUCAUUCGAUGGACCCUGCACCUUCAUCGGCAGAAUGACAGCUUCCAGAACAUCACCACAUAAAGCAUCACCUGUUACUGUAUAGGUCACGCUCUGAGACCGCUGGCUCUGGAUACUGACAUCUCAUUUCGAGUUGCGCGCUUUUAGGUGACUACUAAAGUGGGGGAUGGAGGGUCACUUUUUUAUUUUUAGAUCAAAUGUGGCAUUUGUCAUUUGCGGCACGGACUGUCAUCAUUUUCUGUUUGUUCCGAAACAUUUUAUGAGAGGCAACCGUAUCAAGUCACCAUUGCCAUCAUCACUGGCUAAUGUAAAUAUCUUUGGGUUCUACUGGAAUGCUUAUUUGUGUCCAUGCGGAACCGUUGUCGGAAAUGUGCAGCCAUCAGCACGCAGGGUAACAGGUGAUAGAAAAAAGGGAAGAUAAAAGUCACCGCACCAUCAUCAUAACAGAAAUAAACUGGCUCAUCUGCACAUCCAUCAGUUUUGACUGAACCAUUCCCUGAAAUGAGAAGUCCAGCAACGUUUCGGCGAGCAAACAUAUGGAACACAAAAAUAUAAAGCAAAGGGGAACACAUAAAAUAUCGCUGACGCAUGCCACAGGCGGCCCUGAGAAGGGGACCUUCACGUCCCAUAUAGAGUGCCACUACGGACUAAAUCUCGUGUCUCAGAAUCCUACCAAAGUUAUGGUAUAGACCGUAGACCGUAUGCAAAACCCAGCGCCAUCUCGUAGCACUCCCGAGAACCUACCGACAUUCCGCCAUGUAUGAGGCGUCCCACCCGGCCCGAGCAAUGCAAGCGACUGUCAUACAACAGUUCUCUCGCGUGUCAUGCUUCUCACAUAUGCUGUUUCAAUAUCUUAUCUAUGUGAUGAGACGCGGGUUUCAAAGGGGAAUGUAAACCAGGUAAGGAAACCUCAAAUGUCUGUAUUCCUUAAUGCAUCGAAAGCUUUGAGAGCGGUGACAUAGGUUGGACAAGAAAAUUACGAACGACGCUGUUAUUCCAUCCCAGGAGGAAUGUAUACAGUUUAGUACAGCUCAUUUGAGAACUUGUUAGUGCACUUUAUACAGCAGAAACAUUUGGUACGAAAUAAAAGCUUAGUACGAUUGCA